UCUAUACUCAGUGCCGCGCCGCGAGAACAACAUAACGCGCGCGCCAUCGUUUCUGUUUACGUUCGGUGUCUUUUUUUAAAAAUCGAAAUGUCGCAACAAGGUCCAGCUUUCGACGUGAACGCUAUGACGCUGACCCGGUGGGUCCUAGCCCAACAGAGAACUGCCCCAACGGCUACUGGGGACCUAACACAGCUCCUAAACUCUAUUCAAACAGCAGUCAAGGCGAUACAAACGGCCGUGAGGAAAGCCGGCAUCGCUAAAUUACAUGGCAUCUCUGGCGACACGAACGUGCAGGGCGAAGAGGUGAAGAAACUGGACGUGCUAUCCAAUGACCUGUUCAUCAAUAUGCUUAAGUCUUCGUUUACCGCUUGUCUGCUAGUGUCAGAGGAAAACUCUUCAGUCAUACAGGUGGAGACAGAAAGGCGGGGUAAAUAUGUAGUCUGCUUUGAUCCUCUAGAUGGUUCCUCAAACAUCGAUUGUUUGGUCUCCGUCGGCUCCAUCUUCGGUAUUUACAAAAAAACAUCCCCAGGAGAGCCAACAGAAAACGACGUCUUACGCCCCGGGAACGAACUGGUCGCGGCAGGCUACGCGCUAUACGGCUCAGCUACCAUGAUGGUUCUGGGCCUUGGACAGGGCAAAGGCGUCAACGGGUUCAUGUACGACCCCUCCAUCGGAGAGUUCAUACUCACAGACCCCAAUAUGAGGAUACCGGACAAGGGGAAGAUUUACUCCAUCAAUGAGGGUUACGCUGCGGAGUGGUCGGAUGGAUUAAAGAACUACAUAGAGGAGAAGAAGAGGCCAAAGACUGGCAAAGCGUACGGCGCGAGAUACGUGGGCUCUAUGGUGGCUGACGUGCACAGAACUAUCAAAUACGGCGGCAUCUUCAUGUACCCUGCCACUACUUCCGCGCCUAAGGGAAAACUGCGUCUCUUAUACGAGUGCAAUCCCAUGGCGUUCCUGGUGACAGAAGCUGGUGGCCUGGCAACCAACGGUACAAAGUCUAUCCUGGACAUCGAACCCAAGUCCAUCCACGAGCGAGCACCUUGCUACCUCGGCUCCAAGCUGGACGUCGAGGAGUUGUUGCGGUUUCUUAACUAAGUUCUGAUAAUCUUUAUUUUACCCGGAAUCCUAAUAGGGUUCCGUACCAAUCAGGACCCUAUUAGGAAACCGCUGUCCGUCCGUCUGUCACCAGCCUCAUUAUCAAUGAUAGUAAGACGGUUAACAUUUUCACAGAUAAUGUAUCUCUAUUGCCACUAUAACAACAAAUACUUAAAAAAAGGAAUGAAAUAAAUAUUCAUGGGGGCUCCACUUAAAGAUACCUACAACUUUUUUUCUCUUUGUUGUCUUUGUUUUUGGCAGUUGGCACCUAUAGUUUGCGAGUCCGAUUUGCAUUUAGCCGGUUUUUUAGUUAAUAGUAACCUGAAAGUUCGUAUAUUUGUUCGGCCUAUAUAGGAAGUAGUUCCUAUAUAGGGUGAAACUGGUAGCGGUUUCAUAACUUAGUUGUGUUAAUCUUUAUUUUUUAGGGUUCCGUACCCAGUGUGAAACAGGACUUUAUAACUACGAUUCCGCUGUAGGUCCGUCUGUCUCAUGAUCCAUGAUUGUAAGACAGUAGAAAUUUUCACAGAUGAUGUAUACGGAAUAAAAUUAACAUUGCAUCCGUUGUAUAUGUAAAGGGGGCUCCCUUUACAUAUACAACGGAUGCAAGGGACAUGUUUUUUUUUCUCUUUAUAGAUAAUGGUACGUAUACCUUCGUUAGCGAGUCCGACUUGCAUUUGGCCGUUUUUAGUUAAUAAUAAAAAACUGAGAAGCUCGUAUAUU